AUGGACAGUUGGCCUCGCUGGCUGAAAUUCUUAACAGUGAGUAAUAAGAGUGAAUUAAUUAUAGCGGACCAAUUGGAGAAAGGAGAUAAACGUUCGUUGUAUUCAAUUAAUGCCCAGGAUUUUUGUCUCAAUACCACGUUUCCCAUGGUGUUAUUCGUUGGGGAGGAUAGGAUUUAUAUAUACAACCGGAUGUGGGCACAGAUCCUCCAGGAAAAGCAUCCUUGCAUAGGGACUUCGGCGACCUUAACAUAUCCUGAAGCACGUAAUGUUUUAGUACCGAUGUUUGAUGCAGCUCUUAAAGGACAGGCCCAAUAUAAUGAAAAUUUCUGUCCGUACCUUAAUCGAUCGGGUUAUAGAGAAGAAGCAUACUUUACUACCUCUCUCAGCGCAAUAUAUACUGACACUGGGGAAAUAGGAGGAUUGUUUUCCUUGGCGCAAGAAACAACAAAAAAAGUACUAACGAAUAGAAGACUGAGAGCAUUCAGAGAUUUGAACCAAGAAGGUGGAUUCGAAAACAAACCAAAGAAAGUACGUUUAGAAGCUACAACAUUCGAUAGUGGUCUAGUACGCGUCCAAAGAACUGACGGAAAUGAAGAAUAUAUGUAUAUACAUGGACAAUCCAGCAGAGAUAUACCUGACUAUUUGUUAAAGACACCUGAUGUGAUGGUCAUGUCUGAUGUAAAGGUCAUGCCUGACUCUGAAGAAGAUAUGGACCAUUUGAACUCACAUUCAACUACUGCUGCACCAUGGCCAAUAGAACGCGUAAUAUGUAGUGGUGACAAAGUAUUUAUACGAUUGCCCGAUGAUUCGCUAACCGUAUUGUGUCCAGUGACUUCGAUUUCUGGUGGAAAAGACAUGUUGACAGCUGUAAUGAUAUGCGGCGUCAAUCGACAUAGAUUACCCGAUAAAGAUUACGAAGAAUUUCUCCAGCUCGUCAUUAGCCACAAAAUUGCCUUCUUCGAAAAUGUCAGUCACGAAUUGCGAAGUCCUUUGACUCUUAUGCUUUCACCCUUGGAAGAAGCAAUAGAGUUGUGUCCUAAGAAAUCUCCAAUAUUAAGUAAUCUCAAAUUAAUUCAGAACAACAACCGAAGAUUACUUAGCUUAGUAAACAGCUUGUUUCAGUUCGCUCACAUGGAAUCCGGCCGACUUCACGCAUGGUUUUGCGAAACGCACAUUGCAAAGUUAACAGUAGAGUUGGCGGCCAGUUUUGAAAGUAUGGCUAAAGCACUUGGUCUAUAUUAUAAGCUCGAUAUUCCUGGUGACGGAGAUCUUGUCUGUCAAAUGAAUCAGAAAAUGUUUUUAGAUCAAGAAAUGUACGAAAAGAUACUAUUUAAUCUAUGUUCGAAUGCAUUUAAACAUACAUUGGCGGGUGGCGUAACUGUUCGAUUAGCUGUAGAGAGAAAUGGAGAUAGGGAAGGAAUAGUCCUUGAAGUAUCCGACACAGGGGUUGGCAUCCUGGAAGAACAUCUUUCGUGUAUCUUCCAGCGGUUUUACCGCGUCGAGUCGCAACAAUCACAUGGCCAUCACGAAGGUACUGGGGUUGGUCUUGCUCUCGUUAAAGAAUGUGUCGCACGACAUGAUGGUGAAAUCUCUGUUAAAUCCCAAGUGAAUGUGGGCACUACCUUUCGUGUUUGGAUUCCUUCCGGAUAUGAUCACCUUCCCCAGCAACAAGAGUCAGAGUCUAAUCAACAGCCCAAGGAAGAUGAUCAACAUAGUAUCGAUAAUGAAAGCUUGUCUUCUACAUCAUCACCAAGACUAGACGAGUGGUCGGCAUUGCAUAUGGAACCAAGUUAUGUUGAAUUUGAGAAUACAAGAAAAUAUAUCCUAGUCGUUGAUGAUAAUGCAGACAUGAGGAACUAUUUAAACACUUUGAUCAAGAAGCAAUUCGAUUGUAUCUGCGCUGCUGAUGGCUACGAAGCGCUUAAAAUCGCAAACAAUUCACAACGGUUGCCCGACCUAAUUCUUAGCGAUGUUAUGAUGCCUAACAUGGAUGGCUUUGAGUUACUGAAAGCACUGCGCGGUAAUCCAACAACACAGGCGAUUCCGGUGAUCUUGAUAUCAGCUCAAUCGGGAGAAGCCAGAUUGGAAAAGGGUGCAGAUGAUUAUAUCAUUAAACCGUUCAACGCUCGUGAACUUAUAGCACGUAUUCACGUGAAUUUAAAACUUUCUCACGUCCGUCAUCGACUGAUGGCAGAACAACAGCAUCAGCUUGAAAUUAAGCAGUUGUUAUUUACUAUCAGCAACAAAAUUCGUUCCGGUUUUGGAAUACAAGAAACACUUGAUACGGCGGUCUCAGAAAUAAAGAAGGUUUUAAUAUGUGAUUCUUUAAUAAUAUUACAGGAUAUUUCCGAAAAAGAGAGUAUUAACCGUAAAGUGAUGGCAGCUUCAUUGCCUUCAACGAAUAAGAUGGAGAAGAUUGUUGGGCGUAUAUUCCGUGAUGAACAGCAGCAAACAGAAACAACUGCAGAUUCUUCAUCGGCGACAAAUCACGGGCCUCCUCUUCAUCACUGUGAUGGACAUGUAGAACCAGAUUCGUUGUUAAGUAAUAUAAAAGCUUGUUCGGAUUGUGAAUCAAAAAUUUUGAAUCAACGCGUGUCCUUUCUCAGCGCAGCUAUUCAUUUGAAAUCGUCACCGUGGGGUUGGAUAAUUGCUUACCGACAGCCAUAUCAUAAAUGGACAGAGUCUGAGACGGAUUUCCUAUAUCAGGUCUCAAACCAAAUAAGUUUAGCCAUUAGGCAUGCCACUCUCGUCGAAGAAAAAUUAAAGCGAGAAGCACAAAUAAAGGCCAUCGAAGAGACUAAUAGAACGAAGGACCAAAUACUAGCCAACACAUCUCACG